AUCACCGGUCAAGUGGCCACUGUCCGAGCGUCUUCACUGCGGCACGAAUCAUCGGACUGCACGCAUGUCCGUACUUACAAGUAACUUAUGACUAAGUCGUUUCUGUGCAUUGUUUACAACUGCGAUAUUCAUCAUGAGCUCGCUCAAGACACUCUCAGUGUUGUUAUUAGUGCAAUUAAUAUGUCAGUGUUCACAGGGGCAGCAGAAGCUAAAGUUCUUCCGGAAAGACUACACUUUCAUAGAGGAGUCCCAGGCGUUUUAUAAAAUACAUACGAUACAUAGGACAUGGCCAGAUGCGAGAAAGAGAUGUUCAAUGGAGGGGGCCAGUUUAUUCUAUGCUGAAGAUGAGAUUGAGGCAGACGCUGUGAUGGGUUUAUGGAAUAGGACACAACCGUUUUCCUGGGUGUAUGUUGGAAUAUCGGAUUUGUUGGCGAAAGGAGUUUGGGAAACAAUUGACGGUCGUCCAAUACUAGACGUAUUCAGCAACUGGGGUCCCGGCGAGCCUAACGACGCGAACAACGUUGAGGACUGCGUGAUCUGGCGGCGGGACAACUCGCUCAACGACGACCGAUGUGACAAAAAAUUCCCCUUCAUCUGCAAAAAAAGUCUCCUCGAUCUAGACUGGAACACGCUUUGUGAUAUGCCUGAUACCAGUUACCACUACAAUAAGGAUUUCGGUAAAUGCUACAAGUUUCACCUCUCCCCAAUGAACUGGACGGACGCCCACGCCGUGUGCAGCGCGGAACAGUCGUAUUUGGCCGUCAUCAACAGCCAAUCUGAGGCUGACUAUCUGGUCAAAAUCACGGAGGAGGCCCCUAAGAGCAAGGUCAAAGGGAACUUCUUGAGCGGAGCGGUGUAUCUUGGCUUUCAUAAUAGGGAUAAUGACGGGUGGAAAACUAUUAAAGGCACCACACUAGAAGAUAGCGGGUACACGGGCUGGGGCAACCAGCAGCCGGACGGCGGCGACAACGAGACCUGCGGCUCCAUGUUCUAUAACGGCCGCCUCAACGACCUGGGCUGCUUUCAUCGGUGCUUCUUCAUAUGCGAGCACGAUAUAGGCCUGCUUAGUGGCGCUAUAGAGGAGAGGUUCGGAGACUGAGGUGUAGAAUUGGGCCAAGUUAACCUGUCGUCUAUAAUAUCCGCAUUUGGAUGCGGAUAUUACCGGCCAAAAAAAAUACAUAGUCAAAAUUUUGAGAAAAAACGUAUCCUCUAUCUACCGCAGCCGGAAAUCUCCGUCUAGUACUUAUUUUGUGCCCCGUAUUUGUACAGAUUACCGGUCAUUUUACCCUCAGUAGAAAAACAGUUUUAUUUAAACGCGAUUUAAAGCUGCUUUUGGACUGUGAAUUUGCUUGCGUAAAAAAAAAUCCCUGGAAACAAACCUGGGGUAGCCCGCGCGGGUGGGGAGCGCGAUGACGGGGGCAACAAACACUUGGCCGGUAAUCUCCGGCCUCGGUAGAUAGAGGGAGAGGAGUCGCUUUUUUUACCGUUAGGUAGACGACAGGCUGACUCUGCAAUGGCAAAGUUUGGAAGUGCAUAAACGGCUUUUUUAUGUAAAUAUAACGAUAUAUGUGAUAUGGCACUUUGACAAGUCAAAGUUAGUGUAGAGUUAGCUUAGUCCGACUAUACACCGUGUUUUUAUUAAAUUCAGUUAACUUCGGGGUAUCGGUAAGUACCUAUGUUAAGGGAAACUAAAUGGCAUAGUUAAUUUAAAAAAAAACCUUUAUUUUUUUAAUUAUGAUUUUUGUAUAAAAAAGUGAUUAAAUGUUGCAUAUAGCGUUGUUGUAACACGGGCAUUACAUUUAACUCAACCGAACAAUUGAAAACUGUGUCAUAUCAAUGUUAUUUCGAACAUCAAUCGUCCGAGAUAGUAUUUACGUUUAGUAGCAAAUUUAUUAACUCAUACUAAGCAUUUAUCAAUAUGUAAACGGGCCUUAAGGCAAGUACACGCUCGUAAGGGCCUUAUAAGAUAAAAAUUAAAUAUUGAUUAUCUCCGAAAUGGAGUUAAUUUGAAUACGUUACGUUGAGAACGUUACUUAAUUUAAGCUCAGGGAUGCACCUCUAAAAUUAAUGGAAAUCAAAAAUACACGGUGUAUAUUUAAGCACUGUUUAUAUAUCCCAGUUAGUUAGUGUUACCUGACAAAACAUUGAAAAAAUUACCUACUUAAAAAAGUUAAAUGACAGCAGUUGGAUAGCUCAAUCUGUUAUUUUUCUACAAAACCAGGUUCGGAAGUAAAAAAAAAUAUUGACUUUAUUAAACUAGCACUUUAGUAUCUGGGAUAUAAAACAGAGUUUAAUGUGUUGAAUACUAAGCAAUAAAGCAGUUACAAGUUUUGUAUCUGCAUUGCGAACUUGUGUCGUUCAUUGCCAAUGCCAUUGAUAAAGUAACCGGUGAUUGUUACGAAUCGCCCGGCAGAAAGUAGCUUAGUUUGGUGCUAAAUGUAGAUUAAGUAUGUAGGAACCCAUUUAUUUUUUAUUAUCUAUCUCAUUUUAAUUUGGUGUAAUCAGAAAAGCUGGUUGCCCGCGACUGUGCCCCUUUGUUUAUUAAAUAAAAAAUAUACCUAAUCGUAGAAGCCAAAUGUACAUAUUUUUAAUGAUAAACAUUGUUUAUUACACUUAA